UGCCAGGCUUCCUGGGAGGGACAGUUCUUCUUUCUGUGGGGACACUGAAGUGACACCCUUGACGAGAAAAAUCCGCCUCAGACUGCCAACAGCCUGUGGGUCUCUCUGUCUGGAGGGCACCCAGGUCUUCUCCAUUCUCACAGCCUGGACUGCAGGGAGGAGACGCCAUGGCCCCCACCCUCCCUGCCUUGCUCUGCCUCGGGCUGAGUGUGGGCCUGAGGACCCAGGUGCAGGCCGGGACCUUCCGCAAACCCAUCAUCUGGGCUGAGCCCAGCUCUGUGGUCCCCUCGGGGAGCCCCGUGACCAUCUGGUGUCAAGGGCCCCUGCAUGCCAAAAGCUUCAGCCUGAAAAAAGAGGGCAGCUCAGCCCCCUGGAACAUACAUCCGCCACUAGAGCCCUGGGACAAAGCCAGCUUCUCCAUCAGGCACGUCACAGAGCAGCAGGCAGGGAGAUACCACUGUUCCCACUUCAUCGGAGUUAACUGGUCAGAGCCCAGCGAGACCCUGGAGCUGCUGGUGGCAGGACGGCUCGGAGACAGACCCUCCCUCUCGGUGCGGCCGGGCCUCUCGGUGGCCCAGGGGGAGACUGUGACCCUGCUGUGUCAGUCAGGAAACAGGACGGACACUUUCCUUCUGUCCAAGGAGGGGGCAGCCCAUCGCCCCAUGCGUCUGCGCUCCCAGGACCAAGACGGGCGGUACCAGGCCGAGUUCUCCUUGAACCCUGUGACCUCAGCCCACGGGGGCACCUACAGGUGCUACCGCUCACUCAGCACAGACCCCUACCUGCUGUCACAGCCCAGUGAACCCCUGGCGCUCGUGGUCUCAGACUACACGGUGCAGAAUCUCAUCCGGGUGGGCCUCGCGGCCUCGGUCCUGCUGCUCCUUGGGAUCCUGCUCUGCCGGGCUCGGCGCGACCACAGAGAAGCCCGAGAAGCAGCCCGGAGAAACAGAAUGAUGUGGACUUCUCCAGGGUUCCAGAGUUAAAACUCCGCCUGCCAGUGCAGGAGCUCGGGUCUGAUCCCUGGUUCCGGAAGAUCCCAGCUAAGCCUAUGUGCCCCAACGACUGAGCCCGCAUGCCCCCGCGCUCUGCAGCAGGGGAAGCCCUGGGCUGCAACUGGAGAGUAACCGCCACUCUUCACAACCAGAGAAAAGCCCGGGGGCAGCAGCAGUGAAGACCCAACACAGCCAAAAACAAAUAAAUAAAUACUUUUGUAUAUAAAACA